CGUCACACUUUACGGCAGACUGCCUUGUACCGCUCCCGACCGCUCAGUCGACAGCAGAUCCUCCUCCGGUCCUUUAAACCGAUUUCAACGCCACACAGCCCGCACUUUCUGUACUUUCGCGAGCGGCACAUUGGACUUUUAUUGACACGAGUCUUUUAUUAACGCGUGGUAGCGUGUGUGUGUGAGGAAUUAUUCCCUCCGUUCGGAGGCAGAACCGAAGAGAGACGAAGAAGCCGUGUUCUCCUGAAGCUCCUUCGGCAGUGGGUGGAUAAAGCGGAGGAGGGCAUCCGGGCCUGGCAGCUCCGCAGGGUCGCUUCGAAAACGACAGAAUCCUCGGUUUCCAGGUUUGCACUGCCCUGCUAUGGAGAAGAUGAAACGGAUUAAGAAGCGUCUGUCGUUAACACUUCGCUCCAGUCAGACCAUCGACGAGUCCUUGUCCGAACUGGCCGAGCAGAUGACCAUGGAGGACGGCGGCACCAAGGACAACGAACCAUUUAUGAGGAACGGCCGCCCGCCCACAUCCCACAGUAUGCACUCCUUCCUCCACCAGUACACUGGUUCCUUCAAGAAGCCCCCCCUCCGGCGGCCUCACAGUGUCAUCGGCGGCACGCUGGGCUCCUUCAUGGCAAUGCCACGCAACGGCAGUCGUCUUGAUAUCGUACACGAAAACCUGAAGAUGGGAUCAGAUGGAGAGAGCGACCAGGCGUCUGGGACGUCGUCUGACGAGGUUCAGUCUCCCACCGGGGUCUGUCUGAGGAACCGUAUCCACCGGAGGAUCUCCAUGGAGGACCUGAACAAACGUCUGUCACUGCCGGCUGACAUCCGAAUCCCUGACGGCUACCUGGAGAAGUUACAGCUCAGCAGUCCGCCCUUCGACCAGCCGCUCAGUCGACGCUCUCGUCGAGCUUCGCUGUCGGAGAUCGGUUUUGGGAAGUUGGAGACGUACAUCAAGCUGGACAAGCUGGGAGAGGGAACAUAUGCCACGGUGUUCAAGGGACGCAGUAAACUCACGGACAACCUGGUGGCGCUGAAGGAGAUCAGGCUGGAACACGAGGAAGGAGCGCCGUGCACCGCCAUCAGGGAAGUGUCGUUACUGAAGGACCUCAAACACGCCAACAUCGUGACUCUGCACGACAUCGUUCACACCGAGAAGAGCCUCACGCUGGUGUUUGAGUAUCUGGACAAGGAUCUGAAACAGUACAUGGACGACUGUGGAAACAUAAUGAGCAUGCACAACGUGAAGAUCUUCCUGUUCCAGAUCCUACGAGGACUGUCGUACUGUCACAAGAGGAAAGUUCUCCACAGAGACCUGAAGCCCCAGAACCUCCUCAUCAACGAGAAAGGAGAACUCAAACUGGCCGACUUUGGUCUGGCGAGGGCAAAGUCCGUUCCGACCAAAACCUACUCCAACGAGGUGGUGACCCUCUGGUACCGACCUCCUGAUGUUCUGCUGGGGUCCUCGGAGUACUCGACGCAGAUCGACAUGUGGGGUGUUGGGUGUAUUUUCUAUGAGAUGGCUGCAGGUCGGCCGCUGUUCCCCGGCUCCACGGUGGAGGACGAGCUCCACCUCAUUUUCAGGUUUCUGGGCACUCCUCGGGAAGACAACUGGCCCGGAAUCUCCUCCAUCGAGGAGUUUAAAUCCUACAACUUUCCCAAAUAUACACCACAGCCUCUGAUCAACCAUGCUCCCAGGCUGGACUGUGAUGGUAUCGAGCUGCUCCUGGCGUUUCUCCGAUAUGAGUCCAAGAAGAGGGUUUCGGCGGAGGAAGCGAUGAAACAUUCCUACUUCAGGCAGCUGGGGAUGAGAGUGCACACGCUGCCAGAGACCGUGUCAAUAUUCACGUUGAAAGAAGUGCAGCUGCAGAGAGACCCCGGCUACAGGAGCUCCUCGUACCCAGAGUCCAGUAACGGAAAGAUCAACAGGAGGCAGAGCAUGUUGUUCUGAGGCCGUUGUUCUGAGAAGACGUCCAGCCGCCCGUCGUCGUCGUCGUUGUCGUCGUCACUUCCCAACAACCUCUCGCAUGAGCCCUCCUCCUUACUGAGUGACAAACUCCACUGACACACACACACGCACAAACACACACACACACACGUAAGUGAGUGACUCUGGGUUGAAUGUGUUCAGAGACUGUAUUUAUUUAUUGUGGGGGGAUUCGGGGGGGUGGAGUGUGAAUAUUUUUGCUGCUAAACUACUACUGUCUGUAACACACUGUGUGUGUGUGCGCGCGUCUGUGUGUGUGUGUGUGUGUGUGUGUGUAGGUGAGCAGUCAGUAAAGUUCCUUGUUUUUUUUCGUUUGUGUUCAAAAAUUCCACGGUUGUGGACGUUGACACUGGGAUGUCAGUCGUGGUUCCUGUUCCAGUGAUUGGAGACCAAAUGCUC